CUUCACUUUUUAUUUUGUUAUCUAAAAAAAUUCGGUAUAAAGCCUUGUUUGGUUUCAAAUUUUAUCCACUUGAGAAUCUCAUAUAUCAAGAUGAAACACCUACAACAACAAAUGUAACUUCAUAUGUCAGGACCGGUCCGCAGGACAAGCAUGUAAUAAAACUGUGUGUUUUCUACAUUUUCUAUGAAAUGGGUGUAAUUGAAAGAUACUAAAUGUUAGGGCUUUUCAGAAACUUCCGUUACGUUUUAGGCGUUUAACACAAUUAUUAUUUUCUAAAACGAGAGCCGUUUAAAGAGAAAGAGAAAUUUCUAACUCCAGAGAGCGAAGAACACAAUCCCAGAGUAGCAGAAUCUGAUCCAUCCCACCUUUUUCAAUUCUCAGGCAAAGUGUUUGAUCUCAUAUUCAGAUAAGUCAAACUUGAAAAAAUGGAAGGGACUGUGUUCACGCCUUGUUUGGAAGGAAUGAAGCAUGUCAAAUCUGAUCAAGGCGAGAUGCUUACUAAGCCAUUUUUAGAGCUUUGCAAGACCAUCUUGCCUGUUAUAGAUAAAUUUGGAGCUGCUAUGACUCUCGUGAAAUCUGACAUUGGUGGCAACAUAACGAGGUUGGAGAAGAACUACUUAUCUGAUCCCGACAAGUUCAAGUACUUGUACACCUUUGUUCAAGUCGAAAUUGAGUCUAAGAUAGCAAAAGGAUCGUCUAGCUGUACAAACGGUCUUCUCUGGUUAACCAGAGCAAUGGAUUUCUUAGUGGAGCUGUUCCGAAACUUGGUAGCACAUCAAGACUGGUCAAUGCCACAAGCUUGUGCUGACUCAUACCAAAAAACACUCAAGAAAUGGCACGGAUGGCUCGCCAGCUCUACCUUCUCUAUGGCUUUAAAGCUAGCUCCGGACAGGAAGAAGUUCAUGGAUGUCAUAUCUGGUUCUGGUAACAUCCAAGCCGACAUGGAAAGGUUUUGUGCUGAGUUUGGUCCGUUUCUUCAUGAUAAUCAUAAGUUUCUGGCUAGCGUCGGUAUGGAUGACAUGAAAGCUUCUUAAGUCAUCAUAUGAUUAUCGCCGGUAUCAAAUCUUCUUUGCCGGAAUCUUUGUCUGUUUUAACUUUUCUCCUUCCAAUUAUAGAACCUCCAAAAAGAAACAGAAUAAUGUGUUGGUUUCUAUCUGAAUGUUCACUUUAUAUUACAAGUUAUAACAUACGAAUCAAUCUUAUCAACUCUUCUUGUUAAUGUUUGUUAUGAAAACUUGAAUCUUUCUUUUCAUAAUCUAAGAAAUUUAUUUUCAAAA